UUUGUUUGUAGAAGGACAAAGGGUAAGAGGAGGGGGAUUACAGCUUUGAGGAAUAGUGCUGGGGGCAAGCUAGAGGUGUUAAAGAGGCAUUAUCAGCAGUUGGGCACUUGUAGCGCUGAUACAGCCUUUGAUGAUAGUCGGAAAGAGGAAGUGGAUAAUAAAGUGUGUGAGUUUCCAACAGAUUGUGUGGAAAAUGUGUUGGAUAAGGAAAUAGAUUUGGAG